AUGCGCGGUGGGGGUCUCUUCAUGCAUCAGCUGCUGUGGAACCCUAAAGGUCAUCUAGUCCAACCCCGAACCCGAGGCAGGAUUCCUCAUCUCCCCCUCCUUUCCUUUUACCAGAUCUUUCUGGUGAGUUUGCUGCUUUUCUCGGCUGGGUCGCAAGUCCUGGAUGGCGUGAAGGAUGCCAGGAAGAUAUUCCGAGAAGUGGAAGGAUCGGCUUUUAGGAGGAAAAAAAGCUUGAGAUCCAUAGGAUCAGAAAAUCAUAGCAACCCUGGACCCUCCUCCUCCAGGCCUGCCGAUAGCGCGGCGAAACCCGUCCCCUGCCCCAUAGGAAAGUACCACUACGACAGUGAUAACUGUUCAGAGUGCAAAUCUUGCACAGGCACUAACACAAUUUCGGUGCGGGAGUGCAGAGACAACCAGGACACCGAGUGUGGUUGCGCGGAAGGCUAUUUCGACGAACUGAACGUCCCCAAUCUAUUAAGCUGCAAGAAAUGCACCAACUGCAGCUUUCUGGGCAGGGAGACGCUGCAGGCCUGUCGUCGAGACACCGACGCCGAAUGCGGAUCCUGCUUUGCCGGCUUCUGCGAAUCUGGAGAGACCUGCGGGCCGUGUCCGACACCACAAAGCAUAAUCGAAGUUUUCACCCCCACGAUGGCUCCUGAUAGCCUGACUACCAGCAUCUCCAAAAACGAGCAGUGCAACAUGGUCUGUAAAAUCGCCGUAGGUGCCUGUGGGUGUAUUUCCAUGUUGGCUGGAGCCCUGGUUCUCUAUUUUAAGAAGAGGAAAAUUACUUCUGUUCCGAAGUCGAUUCCUGCUGCAAAUAGCUACAUUAGCAAACCCCAUUUUGGCAGUCCCGUCUCCUCCCUUCCCGAGACAGUCUUGCUGAUGGACAAAGGGCCCCCGCCAUCCCGCUCGCUGCAACAAGGGCGGAAUCUCUACACCGUCAUCAACGCCGUGCCCGUCCGACGGUGGAAAGAGUUUGUGAGGGGCCUGGGGCUGCAGGACGGUGAAAUCGAGCUGGUGGAACUGGAGCACUCUCAGUUCCGUGAGCAGCAGUACGAGAUGUUGAAACGCUGGUGUCAGCAGCGGGGCGCCUCUUUGGAGGCCAUUUUGGAUACCCUGGAGGCCAUGCAGUUGGGCGGCUGCGCCCAGGAACUGAGGGAGAAGCUGCAGGUGGAGCAUCUGUGGCGCAACUCGUAAGGCUGACGGUGAACUGGGGGCUGUCCUCGUACGGGGAGAUACGUCGCGGUCGAGUCGGUGUACGACCGGCGGAAUGGGACAACUCGUGCGGCUAUGACCAUCUCGCCGCAGCCAACUUGCCGCACUCCACUCACCACAACCAACUCGCCACGGUCAUCUUGCUGUAGCCAACUCACUGCGGGACAACUUAGUGCAGAAAACCCGCCGCAGAACAAGUCACCGCGGGAAAAUUCUACGCAGGAUAACUCAACACAAUAAAUG